AUGGCCGUCCUCCUCGAAUACCUCACCAAAUUCCUCCUCGGCUACGCCGCCCUCACGCUCUCCUUCUACAUGGCGUCCCUCGUCAUCCCCAAGGCCGGCUUCGUCGCCCGUUCCUUGGCCGCCUACAUCUCGCUCAUCGCCUGCGCCCUCUACGGCGUCCUGGCCUCCAUCCUGCUCACCCUCAUCGGCAAGCGCCAGAUUGCGCAAUGGGCCGUUGCUCGCGCCUUUCACUUCACCAUGCGCUACACCACGGGCAUUGAAUUUGUGGUUGACGACCCGGAAAACAUCCUCGGCUCGACCCGCCCCGCCGUCUUCAUCGGCAACCACCAGACCGAGCUGGACGUGCUCAUGCUGGGCGCCAUCUUCCCCAAGUACUGCAGCGUCACCGCAAAGGCCCAACUGAAGCGCGUGCCGUUCCUGGGCUGGUUCAUGACCCUGAGCGGUACCAUCUUCAUCGAUCGCAAGAACAGCCAGGGUGCUCGCUCGGCCAUGGACGGCGCCGCCAACGAAAUCAAGACGAGCCGCCAGAGCGUCUACAUGUUCCCCGAGGGCACGCGCAGUUACGCAAAGGAGCCUAUGCUGCUGCCCUUCAAGAAGGGUGCUUUCCACCUUGCUGUGCAGUCUGGCGUGCCUAUCGUGCCCAUUGUUGUCGCAAACUACAGCCACAUCCUCUACGUCAAGAGCCUGGUUUUCAACUCUGGCAAGAUUCCCGUCAAAGUCUUGGCCCCCAUCCCCACCGCCAACCUCACCCCCGCCGAUGUCGACGAACUCACCCGAGAGACUCGCGAACUAAUGCUCAGCGAGCUCAUCAGCCUGACGGAAAAGGCUCGUGGCCAGCCAAUCGCCAUGCCAGCCACAAACGGUUCCUCCAAGGGCAAGAGUACCGCCAUCGACAAUUAA